AUGUGCAACAAGGCAUCUCGUGCAGAACGAGAAAGAAGGGAUCAACUGUACAUGUUCAGCAGUCCAGCUCUGACAGAAUUUGAGAAAGUGGCUGAGAUGAGCCAACGAAUUAGAGCCUCCGUCUAUGACCUUGCAGCUCUCUGCUGUCCUAAACUUGCUGGUCGAGAUAUGACUGGUUUGUGUCUUGUUCGUCGCGUCAGACCAUACCGCCAACUGCCUGUAUUUGCAGUCAUACUAGGUACUACCCCCUUACGAUAG